AUCACCGACACGUAGGAGAUGUUGCUGGGUGCCGUUGUAACUCCUGGCGCGUAAAACUAUCUGACAUAUCUACUUUGCAAAUUCUGCGCAGCGCAAUUGAGACUUGACAAUAACUGAAAAGCUUACUUGAGUCCCUGAACUCCUUUCUUGUCGAUUCGACGGCAAUCAAUCCCCAACAUUUCGAACUUAGCAAUAUAGUUCCAAACACAAUGAACACCGUCAAGUCUUUCUGGGCUGGCUGGGGAGCUUUGUGCCUUGCCGGCGGCGGAGCAUAUGUGUUCGCAAAGCGCAGCAUCAACGCAGAUCGCCAGGCGCGCUGGGACGAGCAGAAGCGCAAGCGUGCCAUGAUCGAGUCGCUCGAGCAUUCUGACAACAUCAACAACCUCAAGCCCUCGUCGAGCGAAUCCCGCAGCGCACCACCAAGGACAGAUACGGCUGGCUCGCCGAGUCAAGAAUCUAACUCAGAUCCAGCGCCGACGAGGCACGCGCCAACCACCGAAGGGGAAAGGGUAGUGGAGAAGAGCAAAUACGAAGCUAGUCAGCCGUUUAGGAGUAUAAAAGGGGAUAGAUUUUCGUGAGAAAGACGAGGAAAACCCUUGACAUGAAAAAAAAGGGCACAUGCAUCCAGGAAGGGAUGCGAUUUAGAUAGGAUGUUCACCUUGGCCUAGCAGGUACAACUGGUCUUUGCCCAUGAACGAAAUGAGAACGAACCGAGAAGAAUGGGUUGUAUAAUAUGCGGGUGUAAUGCAAGUUAGAAGUCUCCCCUCACAACAGAGCUACCUAGGUAUUUACGAUCGACAUGUGCCACGAAGUAAGUAUAUCUCAAAAUAGAGUAAACGAAUGA